CGGGCCAUCACCAGCUUUUGGGGGGGUGUCCCGGGCGUCCCCCUUCGCAAUAAAACCGCUCCUCUCGACAUCCAGGACAUGCGAUUCUAAGCAGCCGCAUUCCGCAAAGUAGCAUCACCGCGCCGCCAUUGACGUUUUCUUUUAACGGAAGGCUCUAAGCCAGAACUGCGACCAACAAUGUCGCUCGCUUCCCAGAACCGAUUCGCCUUCCUCGGCAACGACGACGACGGCGAGAACAAGCCCAUCGCCCCCGUCAGAACCGUCGAUAAGGCCUCCACCCAUACCACCAAGCGCAAUGCUGAUGGUGAGGCUCCCGUAAAGGGUGCCGCUACCGGCAACCGCCGUGGCCCCGGUGGCAACGAGGGUGCUUUCCGUGACCGCAACGCCGGCAGCUCCCGCAACCAGGGCAAGUCCACCGAGGAGACUCCUCGCGAUGGUCCCCGUGGUGGUGCUGGUGCCCGCGUCCGUGGUGGACGUGGUGGCCGCAACCCCCGCUCUGGUGAGGACCGCCGUGACCGCACUGGCCGUUCCACCACUGACAAGCAGACCGCUUCCGGCUGGGGCGCCACUGAGGGCAACGCCGAGCUCAAGGACGAACAGGCCGGUGAGGCCAUCGCCCAGGGCGAGAAGGCCGCUGAAGACGGCGCUGAGGAGGAGGCCGAGCCUGAGGACAAGUCUGUCUCUUACGCCGACUACCUCGCCCAGCAGGCUGAGAAGAAGCUCAACCUUGGCGAGCUCAAGACCCGUGGUGCCAACGAGGGCAGCAAGGUCGACAAGAAGUGGGAGAGCGCUGUCGCUCUCGACACCGAGGAGGAGGAGUUCAUCGCUGCCGGCGCUGGCAAGAAGCUUCGCGAGCGUGAACGCAAGGUCAAGCAGACGAUUGACUUCGACCCCCGCUUCGUCGAGCCUGAGCGCCCUGCCCGCGGCGGUGCCCGUGGCGGCCGCGACAACCGUGAGUCCCGUGGUCCCCGUGAGGGCGGCCGUGGUGGCCGUGGUGGCCGUGGCGGCGAGCGUGCUCCCCGUGGUGGUGACCGUGCUCCCCGUGGCGAUGCUCCUCGCCGUGGUGGUGCCAGCAUCAACACCAAGGACGAGUCCGCUUUCCCCAGCCUGGGCAAAUAAGCGCAUCCUCGCGCCUCGGAACCCUCUGAAGUUUCCCCAAAGCGCCUUUUCAUCAGGGGCGCUUUUACCUAUAAUAUGAGGUAAGGAUGGUCUCGAAUAGGACGCAGCAAGGCUAUUUACAAAAGGCCUUUGCUCUGUCCUAGGUACAGAUUAUCCUCCGGGGAACAUUUCACCAUGUAUUUCUCAUCUCUCAACGAUGCCAUACGAGGGUCAUUUCUUACAAAAAUCGAACGUGGAACAAAGAUUGAAGGAUUACAGGGAAGGAAGAGUCGUGUUUUUUCAUCUCCAUUUCAAGACUGGAGGCCCGAGUAGCCUGUUGUGCGCCGGGCUGGUCGAGGGAUGGCAGAGUAUAUGGAAUGGUUGUUUUCCAGACAAUGGAUUAUUAUGAUUUUCUUCUACCCAUUUUUUCUGAUUUCUUUUGUUUUUCGAAAAAGAUGUUUCUGGUUGUUUACCUUUUUUGUCUUCGGUUCCUUUUUCUAUCGUCAGAUUACAAAAAAUCGACUUGCAAUUUCUAUACUCUGUGUCGCACUAAUAACUGGUGAAUUCAACCUAUAUUGUAAAAACAGUCAUUCUUGUCAGAGCCAACAUGGCCACUAUAUGUCGUUCAAAAUACAUGUCGUAUUGCAUCAUAAUCAGGUAAUCUGACCCUGUCAUAUCUCUUUUUUUAUUCUCCCAUAUACGUCAUUUUGAUUCCAAAACAAAUAACAUUACUUAAGCUUGCAGCAGCUUGGCGAGCUCAGCAGCGACAGCAUCGCCAACCUCCCUGGUGCCGGCGUUACCACCCAUAUCCUUUGUUCUCAGACCAGCGUCAAUGGCAUUUCUGACAGCAUCUUCGACAGCCUUGGCUUCGGCAGGCAAGUUGAGAGAGUAGCGGAGCAUCAUAGCUACCGACAGGAUGGUGCCGAGGGGGUUGACAAUGCCCUUUCCGGAGAUGUCUGGGGCAGAACCUAUUCGUAAGUGUUUUAGUAACCAUAAUGUUUAUCGACUCUCAAAAGAGAAGAAAACGUACCGUGAAUGGGCUCGUAGAUACCGUUGCACUUGCUCUUGCCAUCAGGAAUGCCGCUCAAACUGGCACUAGGCAGCAAGCCAAUGCUGCCGGGGAUAACGCUCGCCUCGUCACUGAUGAUAUCGCCAAAGAGGUUGCUUGUGACAACAACGCCGUUGAGGCCAGUAGGGUUCUUGAUCAAAAUCAUAGCAGCGCUAUCAAUAAGCUGGUGCUCAAUCUGGAGAUCGGGGAACUCGCGCUCAAACGUCUCCGUCAUGACCUUGCGCCACAGGCGGCUGGUAGCCAGGACAUUGGCCUUGUCCAGAGACCAGACCUUCUUGUCGCCGCGGCCGCGGGCCAUGAAGCCAGCAAGACGAGCAACGCGCUCAACCUCAGCGCGAGAGUAGGGCUCGGUGUCCCAAGCUGUGCCGGAGCCGUCAUCCUCCUUGCGCUCGCCAAAGUAAAUACCGCCAGUCAGCUCACGGACAAUGACAAUGUCAGUGCCGCGGCAAAUCUCGGGCUUGAGAGGAGAAGCAUCGACGAGGGCAUCCGAGGCGAAGAAGCAAGGGCGCAGGUUACCAUAUGUUCCCAUCUCUUUGCGCAGCUUCAGCAGACCUUGUUCCGGGCGGACGGCUCCAGUACCCCAUUUCGGGCCGCCAAUGGCACCGAG